AUGCGAUAUUUCUCAGACUAUAUUGGCUUGGGAUACGAUGCGAUAUUCGGCAACCCGUUUGGCAGCUUCGGUCAGAACAACGAUGCGGGUUACCGUAAUCCUAUCGUUGAAACCUCCGUCUCCAUUGGAGAUAAACAGCCUCAUGAUCAGUCUCCAAACAAUCAAUCGUGGACGCGCGAAAUAGCAACAUGCUGGCUCAGCGACACCCGCGAAGACGUUGGCGACGAGGACCUGCUGCACGACCUACAGAACGAAUUCCAAGUAGAAGGGCCAGAGAGUAACGAGAUUUUGGAGGCCAACAUCCGCAGCGAAUCUAACGGAGAUUCCAAUAGCAUAUACACGAAGAAGUACCGUAUCGCCAAGUCCUUCUGCGCUAUCAAAGAGAGCGGGAUAGUGUUGCCUUAUAAGGGAACAAUAUCAUCCGUUUUUUUAAAGGACGUUGAGAACCUGCCAAAGGAAAUCGCUAAUUUGGGCACAUGUACUCCAGAUGUAUACAUCGCAGAGCCCACACAUGAGGACUGUGCCGAUAUCCAUAUGUGGAUGAAGUUCUUUAAACGAUAUGGGACGCAUAUAACGACACGUCUGGUUAUAGGUGGGCAAAUCAUCUACAUAGAUCGUGUCGUAACAGCUGAGAAGUCUACAAACACGCAGCACAAAAAGGUUGAGGGUGACAAAAAUGUCUCUGUCGUCGAUGAUUUUAGGGCCAUGAUGAACGGUACUCGGGAAUCCCACCAGAUGUGGGUAAUAGGGGGAUUCUAUUUUACAGGAUUAGAGCACAACGACUCACGAGCAUUUAAUAAAUGGUUACAAAGUGUAUGGAAGCGACCAAUGCCCAUCAGGGCUAAUUUCUCGUCGUUAGAUCAUUUUCUUGGUGAAAAGGGGGAUAGUUAUCAUCACGCUCUGAGCUUCUAUCGAAACUUUCAGAACGUUGCGAAUGGUCACUCCUUGAACUACCGAACAUUUUCUCAGAUGCUCAAAGAAAUGGUGAUGGUAGUAGCUGACAACGGAUUCGCUCGUUGCCCGUCAGACAUGGUUGUGGUGGCUGGUUUUGUGAUUACCAAGAGCAUUCCAAUUUCAAUUGACACUUGCAUUCCAUCGAGCGACGUGAUCCGGGAUGAUGCCAUAGCUGUGGCACUUUGCGCUAAGGGCACAGGGUUCACCCUGACUGCCAUUGAAUCAAAGAACAGCCGUUCCUGUCCAGGCGACCUGGUUGUUGCGUUCGGAUUUCAGUUGUUCGUCGACCAAUCAUCCGCGCUGCAACUGACAGCAUGUCCUUCGGGCCGUCGGGACUGUGGUUCGAUGCCAUCACGGGAUGGAGUUGAGUGGAAGGCUUGUAUACAGCGCAGCCUCUUGGAUUCUUCCUUCAGUCCUAGGUCCGGUGCUAUUUUACACCGUCAAUACAAGACACUAGGGUGCCCAGAUUCGCAAAAGGUUGUAUCAGGUUUCUCACUACGUCGCAUAGAGAAUAAGCUAGUUGUGGAUAAGUGCUUACCGGGAAUCAAGACCUGUAGUAUCCGAUGCGGCAGUGAGAAAUGCCGUGACGGCGCAGCCUAUAUGCUAUGCUUGUAA